GUGCGCUGACGACAGAGAGGACCAGAAAACGUACACAGCUCCUCUUGGACGCAUCGGAACCGUACCGUAGGCGAAUGUCCGCGAAACUCCACUUCAAUUAACGCAUUUCGGAAUUCGGCUGGCCCAUUGCUGAUGCUGCUUUGCAAAGUGUGUGUGUGUGUGAGUAUGUAAUAUGAUGAAAGUUCCUUAAAAACCGCACACAAAGCACAGAGAGCGGGUCAUUCGAGUCUCGAUCACAGGGGUGCAUCAAACCGAACCAAACCAGCUGCGAAUGCACCAGCGUUAAGGAAACUGCACAUUCAAACAGCACACUACGGGGUCAGUGUAAAGUAAAACAAGCGGCCUCGCUAGCAACGUAUAUUACACAUGCAACAGCGCACGCGAAAAAGCGAAAGCUUCUGGUGUGCAGGCCAUUGCGCGCUUGUUGACACGAAAAACUGCCUUUCCUGCCCGCCACUCUCGCGGUGAGGUCGUGCCCCACCGGUCAAGAAGGAAGUGAAUUAUACUGCCGCGAGUGAAAACCGUUGCAAAUUGCCAGAUUUUCAGAUACACGCGGAGAAGCUGGAGGGAAUUGCAUCCACCGCGUAGCGGCUGCAUAGAGAAAGUAACGUUUGCAGCAUCAUUAACAGCAGUGCCGGUGUGUUUGUGUCUGUGUUGAGUGUUUUCCUUGUUUUCCGUGGCCUACUAGCGGGCGGGUACACUGGGGUUGCAAAAAGAAAAAAAAGAAAACGUUUAAUGUCAUCCGCGUAGGGUUUGCCACACCACGAAAUAGCGCGCGCGGUUUGUGUCUUCUGGGAAGACAUUUUGCUCUGUAGUGGCUUAAAGCAGGCGGUGAAGAAAAUUUUCCACUUCCGUUGCUAGCUACCGUCCAAGAAGAACGAGCUAGGCGGAUUCGUUUCCAUUUCUCCGUGUCGGUGGCAAAGCUUAUCUGGCCAGUGAGAUUAGUAGGUACGCGUGUUGUGCGCAGUGCAGUUUUCCAUAAGUCGCUUGUGAAAGGUGCUCCAGAGAAACCACGCGAAAGGAUGCCGUUCAUUUCCAAGGAUUGGCGCUCGCCGGGAGACUCCUGGGUGAAGACGGACGAGGGCUGGGAGAAGCUGAAGGUGCUGGAGUGUGUCAAGCGGAAACGAUGCAUUUCGGAAUGCAGCAGCACCAGUGACACCGAGAACGACACUGAGAAUGGCGACAACGAAGUAGUACCGCCACACUGUCACAUCACGCUGAAGUGCACCCGGGAGAUUGCCGGCUUCAACGGGCUCGGGGAGGCGGUCCGGCGGCUCGAUUUCCGCAGCUCGGUACGGGACGGCCGUCGGUUUAACUACGUCUGUGCGCUGCUCCGGCUGCUCGUGUCCGGCAAGGGCAUCACCAGCCUUCCGGGCGGUGCCCAGCGGCUGCUGCUCCAGAUGCUGGAGGAGGUGGCGACGUACGUGAGCGACUCGCAGCAGAACAUUAACGUGCUGCGGGGGCUGGUGCAGCAGCUGCGCGCGCUGCUGAACCAGGAGAACCAAAAGUGCUGGGGCAAACCGCUCGGCAGCCAGAGCCUGUGGGCCGAGCACGUGCAAACCAUCCAGCGCAUACAGGAUAUAGCUAGUCAGAUUGAAAUUAAGGAGCCCGGUCCAAACAUUCGUCCAAAACUACACGACCUGCCCGAGGAGUGUGUGCGCGAGAUCAUACUCCGAAUCACCGACUACAAGGAUCUGGAAGCGUCGGCCUCCGCCUGGUCGCUGAUGGCCGCCCUCAUCUCCGAGCAGCGGGUGUGGCGCGAGCUGUCCCACUACCACUUCACCAAGCAGCAGAUCGAUGUGGUGCUGGAGAAGAUGUGUCUGCAGGAUACGAAGGAGCGGCACCGCAACUGGCAGGCGAUCUACCACGCCUUGCGCAAGAUGUACGGUGUGCGGGAGGAGCUUCAGUAUGCGGAAAUUCUAGCGUUCUGUCGGCUGUGUCGCUGCCUGUUCUGGCCUUCCGCGGGCCAUCCGUGCAUCGUCGACCAGUGUCCCGACUUUCGGCAGCGCGUCCAGGAGGCGGGCAACAGCAACAGCAACGAAACACAGCCCGUGCCGCCGGCAAAGUUUCUGCAAUACUUUUCGCUGUAAGCGAGUGAGGAGCAGAGCCUCUCUUAACCGAACCAGCAGAGCAAAUGCGUAGGAAAAGAGAAACCAUGCGCUGUUGUUGUACUUCCAUUGCUGGCAAUGAUCACGGGCGAUAGCAGAACGUUUGAAGAAUCUGGUGCGCGGACGCCAACAAAGGACACGAAAAGGAUCGAUACCGAACAGCCACAGCCACUCUAUCUUCACUCAACUACAUAUAUAUUUAUAUUUUUCUAAACUAAACAGAGAACCAACAAGACAAGCCGAGCAGUGUGCGUAAUUCUUGUGUUCAAACGUGGCGACAUCCCCAUGGAGAGAGAGAGAGAGAGUGAGACGUUAGUGAUACAUGACUACAUCUUGUCAAAUCCCGGUUAACCACACACGAAAAAGAACUGACAGAGGGGUUUUAAAGCGCCAAACACAACCGACCCACAGGAGCCGGCACUGUUAUAGGGAGAAGAAAAGCUUAGAAACGAUCGAAAACAAGAAAACACAACUUUAUAUAUAUUCAUAAAAGAGUAACCCAACACAGAGACACAUAUUUUGGGAAGAUAAGGCGCCGGCGUGUAAGUUUUACCGUUUAAAAAGAACUAUUUUCAAAAGAGCCAGCAAAUCCAUAUUUAAUCCGUUGCAUGUGGACAGGAAUGUGCUACAAACUAUUUACCUAAUGUACCGGCAUGUGUUGUAAUAAUCAGCGGCGACCGUGUGGUUUACCAAAAUCCCACACACACACACACACGACAUCGGACAAUACGGUUCGUACAGGAAAUUCUUGAGCCCGUUUUUUUUUUCAAACAACCAUUCACUUUCUUACCGAUAGUAAUGGUGUUGUAGCAUACGUAAUAUAGGAAUAUGAAUUUUGUAUAGCAAGUUACUCCUUUAACC